AUGGAAUAUCAAUCCAGCGGUCGUGGAUGCUUCAACUGUGGCGAAUCCUCUCAUCAGGCACGAGAUUGCCCCAAGAAGGGAACUCCCACAUGUUACAACUGCGGUGGACAGGGACACGUCAGUGAGUUUUUGACAUUACACUCGGAGAGCAGAUGUAGACGUCAAGGGGGAAGAGAGGCUUUGGAGAGAGCAGGAGAGUGUGGAAGCGAAGCGCAAAGAAAAAAGGAAGGAUUCGUUAUGUGUUUUAUUCUCUCUGUAGCUGACUCCCUUUCUUUUUCUUGUCUAGGUCGUGAGUGUACCCAACCUCCAAAGGAGAAGUCCUGCUACCGAUGUGGUAUGACCGGCCAUAUCUCUCGUGAAUGUCCAUCCAGCGGCUCUGGAGAUAAUAACUACUCCGGCGGCUACUCCGGCGGCUCCGGCGGCCAGGAAUGCUAUAAGUGUGGUCAGGUCGGCCACAUUGCCCGUAACUGCAGUCAGCAGGGCGGCUCCGGAUACGGCGGCGGUUACGGCAACAGCGGCAGCGGCUCGUACAGCGGCGGCUACGGUGGCCGCUCGCAGACCUGCUACUCAUGCGGCGGCUACGGCCACAUGGCCCGUGGCUGCACACAGGGACAGAAGUGCUACAACUGCGGUGAAGUUGGCCACGUCUCGAGAGAUUGCCCAACUGAGGCCAAGGGUGAACGUGUCUGCUAUAAGUGCAAGCAGGCCGGUCAUGUCCAGGCCGCUUGUCCUAACUAA